UGGUGAGGGCGGAGCUCACCCCCACCUCCCCCCAGCUCCCGGUGGCCGGGAUCAGGAAGUGGAAAAGGAAUUGGAGCUGAUGGAUGCGCUGAGACGGGGAACACCCCUCUGACUGUCUCUCUCCCUCUCCCUCAGUUUAGGAAGCUGUUCCUACUCUGGGAACUCACAGACAGCCCGGGACAGAGGGGAAGGGAGAGGGGGGAUACAGAGAGGGACAGAGAGAUAGAGAGGGACGGAUAGAGAGACGGAGAGAUGCAGCGGCCGCACGGACACGGUACCGCUUUCUCCAUUGAUUCGCUGAUCGGUUCCCCGCAGGCCCGCUCGCCCCAGCUGCUCUACACCGGUUACCCGAUGCUAAUGCCGUACCGUCCGCUGGUUAUUCCUCAGGCACUACCGCCCUCCCCGCUCCAGUCCGGGAUGCCAGCUCUCAGCCCGCUCGCCUCGUUCGCCAGCCGCCUGACCAACAGUUUCUGUGCCAGCCUGAGCCAGGGGGUGCCCUCUAUGGUAGCCCUCACCACGGCGCUGCCCAGCUUCAGCGAUGCAGCGGAGAAUUACUAUCCCCCGGGCCAGGAGCUGGCGGCUUCCCGCUCCAGCCCCGAGGGCAGCUCCCGGGCAGCGGAGCGAGAGGAAUCGCGGGCGGACAAAACGGAGCUCCCGCACUUCGCGCACAACUUCCCAGCUCUCACAGGAGACGGGAGGGUGAGCGGCGGCCCGGAUGAAGAGAAGUUGCGGGGCAAGUCCCCGGGGGAGUUACUGAGUGAGAGGGAGGAGGAAGAGGAGGAUGAGGAGAGCUCGGUGGACAGUGAAGCUGACGGGGGGCCCCCUGCCCAGCCCCCGCUGCCCCCGCGGGGCAAGAAGGCGGUGGGGGUUGUGGCGGGGAGCGGUCCGGAGCCUGGCCCCGGGACCGGGAAGAGCCGGAGGAGGAGGACAGCGUUCACGAGCGAGCAGCUGCUGGAACUGGAGAAGGAGUUUCAUUGUAAGAAAUACCUGUCCCUAACCGAGAGGUCCCAGAUAGCUCACGCCCUCAAACUCAGUGAGGUCCAGGUCAAAAUCUGGUUCCAGAACCGCAGGGCCAAGUGGAAACGCAUCAAGGCCGGGAAUGUGAGUAACCGCUCCGGGGAGCCAGUCCGCAAUCCCAAAAUCGUGGUGCCCAUCCCGGUCCAUGUGAACCGCUUCGCCGUCCGGAGCCAGCACCAACAGAUCGAACAGAACCCGCGGGCGUGA